AAUUCACAGAGACUCCUCCUUAUUAAUGUGAUACACCUAUUAAAGGCCUCAGCUCGAAUAGAAGAAGCAUAUAUAAUAUUUCUAUGUAUCUGAGGGAUAUAUUGGGAAUAUAAGUGGGAGGAGAAGUGUGUUGUUUUGGCGGCUUUGGAUGAUUCCAUAGAGAUUCUAGAGGAGGUUCAUGUUGUAGAACCACUAAGUGGAAGGCCAAGUAUUGAGGUGCUUUAUGAUGGCGAGGUACAGCAGGUUCUCCAAACCCAGACACAGGAAAUGGCUCUGCCACAGCAGCAGCCCUCUCGUCUUCCACUUCGUCAGCAGCCGUUACGACCUCAACGGCAGCGCCGACCCGUACAGCAGUAUCACCAGCAGCAACAAGAGCAGGAGCAACAAGCAGCUCAGCAACGGCUACAGCGACAGCAGCAGCGUCAACAACAACAAAAGCAGCAACAGCAGCAAAGAGCACAACAGCGACAGGCACAACAGCAACAGCAGAAACAGCAAGCUCAACAGAGGGGGGUCAAACGGAAAUCAAGUGAAGUCCAUGUGGUGGGUGAAGUGAAAGUGCAGAAGACAGGACGAGGAGAAGUUGGAGGAGCUGGAACAUUGAAGUACCGUAAAAGGAUACCUGAUAAUGAUGUAGAGAUUCUUUUUGAAUGGGAUCCAGCAAAGGUCAUUGCUGAGCGACAAAAUGUUGAUGAGUGGGUGGCACGUAAUGUAAUCACUAUGUUCGACCAAGAAAACACUCUACCUUUCAUAGCACGCUACCGUAAGGAGAAAACUGGAAACAUGGAGGUGGAAAAACUUCGUGAAAUCCAGAAUUCCUACUCACAGUUAAAACAUGUGCAGGAGCGUGUGGUAAAAAUUCUAAAGGGAGAUCGGAAGCGCCUCCCAGAGGACCGCAAAGCCUCGCUGCUUCGUGCGACGACUAUGCAUGAAGUGGAACACUUGACUGCAGCUUAUAAGGGUAGUGGAAAACGCACAUAUGCUGAAAGGGCAAGAGAACUUGGGCUGGAACCUGCAGCUUUGGAAGUCAUGCAAGGAACACACAACAAGUUUGCUAAUCGGCAAGAGCUGUACUCCCUCAUGGACCCCAACCGAGAAGGAUUGCGCACCAUAGAAGAAGUUGAACAGGGUCUGCAGCAUAUCAUUGCUGAUGUUAUAAGUAAAGAUCCACAGGUUUUAGAUUGUGUCCGUCAGCUCAUGAAAAUGUGCAAGCCAAUGCUGGAAUGCAGUAAAGCUCGUAAGCAGCAAAAGAGAGACCAGGGCAAGAUGGUGAGCAAGGGACCAGGUCCAAGUGAUGAUCUAUGUGCUAAAUAUGAGAACUACUUUGAUUUCAAGUGUCCAGCAUGGUACACUAAGCCUCAUGCAAUGUUGGCUAUGAAUCGUGGUGAUCAUCAGGGAGUUCUUUCUGUAAAAAUUGUAAUCCCAGACAACACAUAUGUCCACUUCUUCAACUUCUGCCAACAACAGUGGUUGGGGCUAGCUCCUCCCAACUAUUACCGCACACAGUUGGUGAUGAUGAGCACAGAAGACAGUUGGGAAAGACUUGUCAAACCGUUCAUGCAGAGGCAGAUUCGCAGUGAGUUGACAGAGAUGGCAGAGAUUGCUUCAGUUGAAGUGUUUGCUGCGAACCUGAGGAAGCUACUCCUUACUCCGCCAGUAAGAGGAAAAACCAUACUUGCCAUUGACCCAGGAUUUGCAAAUGGCUGCAAAAUAGGUGUAACAAAUUCAACUGGGGAGCAGCUGCUAACAACCACAAUUUAUCCAUUCCGUGGGAACCAACACAUGCAGACAGAUGACUGGAGUAAAGACCACAAUGCCAGAACACUCAGGGAAAUUGUCCAUAAAUAUGGGUGUGAGUUGUUUGCUGUGGGUAAUGGAACGGGUUGCAGGGAGACGGAGACUUACUUAACUAGAUUAAUAGCCCAAAAGUGCUUUGAUCCCUACAAUGUUCAAUACACUAUUAUUAAUGAAACUGGUGCAUCACAGUACUCCUGCUCUCCUGAAGCUAGAUCAGAAUUUCCUGGUCUUGAUCCAAACCUCAUCAGUGCUUUGUCGUUGGCACGACGAUUACAGGAUCCUCUCUUAGAGUACAUUAAGGUCCAUCCCAUGCAUAUGGGGGUUGGCAUGUACCAGCAUGACAUUCCUGAGCGUAUCCUACAUGCCUCCUUAGACUCUGUCAUGACAGAAUGUGUGUCCUUUGUGGGGGUUGAUAUUAAUUCAGCAUCAGAAUUUGUCUUGAGGAAACUCUCAGGUUUGAAUAAAGCUAGAGCUGCAAACAUUAUAGAAUAUAGGAAAACCAAAGGUCCAUUCAUCAACCGGGAACAGCUGAAGUCUGUGAAGGGUAUUGGACCACGGACUUUUGAGCAGUGUGCUGGUUUUAUUAGAAUUUUGCCAGAGACCCUUGAAAUUGAGAUUAAGAGAACACCACAAGGUAAGAAAAGAGCAGAAAAAGAAGCCAUAAACCCAUUUGAUAGAACUAUGAUCCAUCCUGAGUCCUACGAGUGUGGAUUAAAAUUUACAAGCAUAGUUGGUGUACGCCCACAAGACAUUGGGUCGGAGCAUUUCAUCAGAACUGUUCGACACUUCAUGCAAACAACAAAUUUGGAGACAACUAGUGAACAGUGUGGGACAUCUGUACCAACUAUGCAGCUCAUUGUGGAGGGUCUGGCGCAGCCUCUCGACUAUGAUAUCCGAGCCCAGUUUGAGAAACCUUUGUUCAGAAAAGGCAUCACUUCCAUAGACGAUAUUAGCUUGGGCACAAAACUAACAGGUUCGGUGAGAAAUGUGACACACUUUGGAGCAUUUGUUGAUGUUGGACUUGGCAAUGAUGGACUUGUUCACACAUCUAAAAUGGGUGGUAUGAGAUUAGAACUUGGAAACAUAGUGGAAGUUACAGUUAUUUCUAUUGACAAGGAGCGUGGUCGAAUUAGUCUUAUGUUAGAGCGAGUGAUUGGUUAAAUAAUAACACAGUAUGAACAAAUUAAUAUGAUGUGUGCUAGACUGAGUGCUUGGUUAAAUAUUUUGUAAAGGAAUGUGGAAAAAGUAGUCUGAUGUUAGAGUGAGUAAUUGGUUUAACCCUUCUUCAUAAAGUAUUUUCUUCAAGCUCAUUAUCUUUAACUAAUGAUGCUCUGUGGAAAAUGAAUGUCCCUUUGGAGUUCAUUACUCUAAGUAAUAAUAAGACGAAGAGGGAGAUAUCAUGUGAGACUUAGCCUGUCCCCUUCAUGAGUGUGAGCCAGCAACUUCAUCAGUCUUCUACUGAGUAUUAAUAUGAUAAUAUGAUCCUAACCAGUACUUUACUUUGGAUUGUGAUAGGCUCUGCUGUUGCCCCAGAUCACUAUUUUAUGUGAAUGCCAAUAUCAUCUUGGGUGCUCAGUGGUUGUUGCAGGUAUCAGGAUUACCACUGAACCAAUGAGUAUAAAACCAGUCUAGACUUGCUUUAAUAUUCAUUUGUGUAGUGGUAACAUGACUGCUACAGUGAGUUGAGUCCUACACAUUCUCUGACUCAUGUUGUUGCAUUCGUGAUUAUGUAAAAUUUUAAUUUUUGGUGACAGGAAUUUAGUGUUAUAUGAACAAAUUUUACCUUGAAAAUGAGUUGACAAAAGAAUUUCUGUAAAAAAAAAAAAAAGGAAUUUUGGACAACAGUGGGGUUGACCACAUCCAGAAACUAAAAUGGGUGAGUUUGUUGAUUUCAUAAGUUGCCUUUUGUUGAAGGGAAGUUCUUGAGAUAAAGAUGUUUGGGUUACAGAUAGAUCAGUUAUUGCUCUAGCUAAUGAAUUCUGUGGGGUGUGCAUGUGAUAUAAAAGUGAAAAUGAAAGAUGCGUAGAGAAUGUAUACACAACUUGACUUACUGGAGUUUAUAAAAAAAAAUUGUUUCUCUAGAGAAAUGAUGGAAAGAACUCUUGCUUAUUUUUGGGAAAAAAAUAAACUAUUUAACAGCUAA